CAACUGAGACCUGACCUGACACACAGCGGCUUGUUCCUCGGAGCUAGGUCCUGCUUUGCUGCUCCUGCUGGCAUCAUUGCCGCGGCCGUCCCUGUAGGAUCAACCUAAUCAUCACCUUUCCGUGCUGAUCCCAGUCCUGUCGCGUGGCAUUCCUCUUCGCGACAAGUUGUUUCCUGGUUACUUUUGAGUCGAAAGUCACCUGGGUUCGGCGCGCCAUGGCGCAGCUCAUGCGUCCAGCGGCAAUGCCGCGCGCGUGCGCGUCAGAUCUGUCCGUCAGAAACCUCGAAGCGAGAUUAGAGCCGUACCUCGGUCUACCACGGGCUGCUUCCGUUAAACGGCACGACCCUCACGGCUCGCUUUCUCGAUCUCGUACUUUCCGAUUCCCUGCUCCGGCCGGCAGACGAGCUUUAUCCGUCAGAAGCGCUGCUGAUCCAAGCCAAGCCAAUGAGCUGGAUGGACUCAAAGUUUCGCCGAACUCGUCAGGCAAGCCUUCAGGCGGCGACAUGAUGAAGCUCUUCAACGACGCUCAACAGAACAUGCUGUACCUGAACAAGCAGCGCCUGAUAGCGCUGGACGAGCUGCACAAGGCGGAGCAGGAGCGCGAGUACCUGGCGGCGCGGGUGGCGCAGCUGCAGGCGGAGGCGGAGGCGGGCGAGGCGCAGCGGGAGCUGCUGGAGGAGCGCCUCAGGGCCGCGGACCUGGGGGUCGCCGCAGCGCCCAGCAGUAGCAACAUCAGCAUCACUACCAGUGCAGCAGCAGGCGCAUCAGGCAGCAAGACGUCAGACCCGUCAUCCGUGUGGAGUCGCCUGCUGCUGCGCGUGGACGGGCUGCUGCUCUCUAAGGCCAUCAACGAGGGGCAUGCACAGGCGCUCAGAGGACUCGCUGCCGCCAGGGACGCCCGGGCUGCUGACGUGUACGCUGACGUGGAGGCGCUGGAGGAUGGGCAGGUGGUGCGGCCGCUGCUGGGACUCAUCGAUGGCAGCAGGAGGACCCUGCACGUGGUGCAUCUGUGCACGGAGCUGGCCCCAGUGGCCCAGGCGGGCUCGCUGGCCACGUGGAUGGCGGGGCUGUGCUGCGCGCUCAGGAGGAAGGGCCACCUGGUGGAGGUCGUUCUGCCGCUCUACUCGAGUCUGGACACGAGUGCCAUAGAGGCCUUCAGGGAGGCGCCAGGCGAGAUAAUGUCCUUCUUUGAUGGGAAGUGGCACAAGAAUAAGAUCUACACUGGCACGGUGCACGGGGUGCCAGUGACGUUCAUCCACCCGCUGCACCCGGCUGCCUUCUUCCAGCGGGACCAGCUCUACGACUACGAGGAUGACUUUGAACGCUUCACCUACUUCACCCGAGCGGCCCUGGAGUAUCUGCAGCAGCAGGGCAAGCAGCCGGACGUGCUGCAUCUGCACAACUGGCACACGGCCAUCGCUGCGCCGCUCUUCUGGGACAUCUACCACCACCAGGGCAUGCCCGAUACACGCAUCCUCUUCACCUGCCACGACGCGCGCUACCAGAACGCCCAGCCAGCUUCCAAGCUGUCGCUGGUGGGGCUGGACCCCUCGCAGCUCAACCGACCCGACAGGCUGCAGGACAACCGCGACCCCGCCCUCGUGAACCUCCUAAAGGGCGGCAUAGUGUAUUCCAACAAGGUCACCACGGUCUCGCCCAUGUAUGCCAGCGACAUGAAGUCGCGCGAGUACGGCUGCACCCUCGACGCCACUGUCGCCAUCCACAGCCAAAAGUUCGUCGGGCUGCCGUCCGGCCUGGACCAAACCAUCUGGGACCCGGCCCGGGACCUCGCCCUUCCCGUGCCGAUCGCAGCCUCGGACCCCAUGCCUGCCAAGGCUGUGGCUCGGGCGGAGUUUCGGAGGCGGAUGGGGCUGCCGGUGAUUGACUCGGCAUCGGGGCAGGAGCGGCCCGUGGUGGCGUAUGUGUCGCCGCAGAUAGGCGAGGCAGAUAUGGACCUCAUCCGCGGCGCCCUCAGCUGCGCGCUGGCCUACCAGGCUCAGUUUGUUCUGGUGGGGGCAGCGCGGUCGCCCAAAGUGCAGAUGGCCCUUGAGGAACUGCAGAGAGGGCAGCAGGACCCCAACGUGCGGCUGGAGAUAGCGUAUGAGGACAGCUUGGCGCACCUCACAGUGGCAGCAGCGCACGUGCUGCUCUGCCCGCCUCUCAGAGACCCGUCCUCCCAGCUGCCACUCGUGGGGGCGUGCUACGGAGCCGUGCCUGUGGCGCGCCAACUGCUGGGAACACCUGACAGCCUAGUGGACGUGGAUGAUCCGCGGAGGGGCGCCACCGAGGGAGUGGGGUUCUUCUACGCCUCCGACAAGCCGGCUGAUGCCGUCUCCGCCCUCACACGCGCUCUCAAGCUCCUGAAGGGUAAUCCGCAACGGUGGGAAGCGGUCACCAAGAUGGCGAUGUCUCUGGAUACCAGCUGGGAUGCCCGUAGCUCCGAUGCGUACGUUGAUGCUUACUUGUCCAUCAGGCGCUGCUAGUGGACUCCUGAUUGGACACUUAAGAUGUACGGCAUCCACUGUCCAAUACGACUGAUUAGGCAUGCCGCAUGUGUUAUUAGUGUGCCGUUUUCACUCAAACAUAUAUCUCAAGAACCAGGCCGAAGGCCCAGCAUUGGGGUGUGUAAUGCAUGAAUCUUAUACUGCACCAAAACAU